AUGGAAUAUGAAUGUAGCCCUCUUGGCUGGGAGUUCUACCACCAAGAAGAGGGGUUAGAAGACCUGAAACAUUCUCUUCUGUACACAACCUUGGAGCUAGAGGCAACAAUUGCAUCAGCUAAGGAGGAGAUUAGCAGAAGAGAAUGUGAUUUGAUCCAUGUCAAUGACCUUUUAAGCAGGGUCACCAAGGAGAGAGAUGAAGCUCAAGCAAAAUGCCAGAAGCUAAUGCUGGAAAAACUAGAGCUCCAGCAAGAACUUCAGCAGAAGCAGCAGCAAGAACAGCGGCAGCACCAGAACCAGCAACAACUUGGUCAGACACACCAAAGAGAUACCACAUCCCAGAGUGAAGAAGAGCUGCAAGAAGGGUUCUCUGAAAAGCAUUCUAUGCAAGCUGCUUCUUCUGACAGUGAAGAAAACAGCAUGCCCUCUUCUGGUGGAAGUUCAACCCCACUUCCAACACCACUGCAAGCAGUCCUGGAAUUGGCAGAAAAGAAACCAUUGCCUGAAAAAGGGAAACUCUUAAAGGCAGUGGUAGAAGCUGGACCACUGCUUCAGACCCUUCUCUUAGCUGGACCACUCCCACAGUGGCAGCACCCUCCUCCACAGCUCAACUCCAUUGAGAUCCCUCCAGUGGCCAUUUCACCUCAAGACUCUUCCAAAAGCCCUUUCCCUUUCAAUAAGAAGAGGGACCUUGUCCUCUCUCCAGCCACUGAUUGUCCAGUUUCAAAGAGUAGAAAGGUCAUCACUCAGCACUUGCAAGCACCUACCACUGCUUCACAUCAUUCCCAAUCACACCCAUCACUUUCAUAA